AUGAAGGCGUGGACAGGGCACGAACAAGAUGCAUCCCUGUUAUGCUGUCGAACAUUACAUGUGAAACAUGCUGCAUAUGCAAGCGCUUUGUACGCACUGAAUAUAUCAAUAUUAGUGGUACUGUUAUACAGUUGGCGAAUUGGAGUUAACGCGAAGAGAUACAAGGAGCUCGAUGAUGUUUAUUAUGGUGUACAGAUAGCAUACAUCGCAAUAAUAGGAACCCAAAUGUUUAUGGUUUUACUGAGUAUUUUUCUGUUCUAUGGAAUUUAUAAAGAAAAUGUUGCAUUUUUGGUGCCAUGGGUAGUCGGAUGUAUGACAUUCAUGGCAUUAGAAACAAUGGCUAUGGUGUACUCAAAUAUAUUAAGAGAUCAUGUUAACAAGCAAUUCGACGCCAUGUGUAAAGCAGAGAUAUCAUUUUUAAUACCGAGGAUCCUUUUAAAUUGUUUAUGUAUUUGGUGUGUGCUUCGGUUGUACCACCUACUGCGAGCCGGUGUAACAUGGAAAGGCGCAGCAUCAAUAGAACUGUGA